GUCACAUGACUCCAGCGUCCCACAGAGGAGCAGCAGCUCGGUGCGUUUCCUCAUCCAGCAGAAAGCCGCUUUUCACGAGUUUUGCUCUAAAAGUUCUGAUCUGAGGAAACCGGAGCGCGUCCUUCAUCCUCCACCAUCAUCCUUCAUCCUCCACCAUCCUCAUCCUCCGUCCUCCUGCUUCCGGGUCCAGCUGCUCAGACUCAAGAUGAAGCUGCUGCUGCUGCUCGCUCUGACCUCGGUUCUCUCCGGAGCCGCCUUCGGCCUCGACAACGGCCUCAUGAGAACCCCUCCGAUGGGAUGGUUGGCGUGGGAACGGUUCCGCUGCGACAUCGACUGUGACAACGACCCCAUGAACUGCAUCAGUGAGCGCCUGUUCACCGACAUGGCCGACUGGCUGGUCAAGGACGGCUGGAGGGAUCUCGGCUACGUCUACGUCAACAUCGACGACUGCUGGUCGUCCAUGGAGAGGGACAAGCAGGGACGCCUGCAGGCCGACCCCAAGAGGUUUCCGAGUGGAAUCCAUAAGCUGGCGCGCUACAUGCACGACCGCGGCCUGAAGCUGGGCAUCUACGGCGACAUGGGCACCCUCACCUGCGGCGGCUACCCGGGAACGCCGCUGGACAAGAUCGAACUGGACGCUCAGACGUUCGCCGACUGGGAAGUGGACAUGUUGAAAUACGACGGCUGCUACUCGAACUCCUCGGAGCAGGAGAAAGGUUACCCUCUGAUGUCCAAGGCCUUGAACGCCACCGGACGUCCUAUCGGCUACUCCUGCAGCUGGCCGGCCUACCAGGGAGGCCUGCCACCAAAGGUAAAUUACACUCAGCUGGGCGAGAUCUGCAACCUGUGGCGUAACUACGGCGACAUCCAGGACUCGUGGGACAGCGUUCUGGCAAUCGCGGACUGGUUCUUCGCCAACCAGGACACUCUGGCUCCUGCAGCAGGACCUGGACGGUGGAACGACCCUGACAUGCUGGUCGUGGGAGACUUCGGCCUCAGCACGGACCAGUCUCGGUCUCAGAUGGCUCUGUGGGCCAUCAUGGCGGCGCCCCUCUUCAUGUCCAACGACCUGCGAUUCAUCAGCAACGACGCUCGCGCAAUCCUGCAGAACAAGGUGGUCAUCGCCAUCAACCAGGACCCGAUGGGCGUCCAGGGACGACGCAUCGUGAAGGAGAAGAACGGCAUCGAGGUGUUCCUGCGGCCGCUGUCCAACAAGGCCAGCGCUCUGGUGUUCUUCAGCCGCCGCAACGACAUGCCGUACCGCUACCAGACGUCCCUGAAGAAGCUCAACUACACCGCCGGCAGCUACAAGCUCUUCGAGGUCUACACCAACAGGGCCACGCUGCUCAAAGACUCCACGGACUUCGUGGUGUCGGUGAAUCCCACCGGCGUCGUCAUGUUUUACGUCUCCGCGCCCGCCGACACAAACCUCCGUCACUUCCACAGCGACGGGAAACUCCAGGGACCGUCCUCGUACGAAGGCGAGGACAACUCUCUUCCUGGUGUCUUCCUCUGACCUGAAGGCUUCUUAUAAUCACUGUUUCAUAGGAGGGUUUGAUUCGAUUGUGGAGGUUUAUUUCGAUUUGACGCCGAGUGCAGAUGAAUAGCUGGAUUUUUUAAAAAGUGCCUUUUACUUCACGCUCAGGGACAGAAUCACUAAUUUGACUUCAAAGUUGAAAAACAGAAAAAAAACAAACAAAAAAAAGCACUUCACUGACACAUUUAAAGGGACGCUCUGGUUUUUCAAAAUAAUAUUUGCGUUUCUAUGAAUAAAGGAUGAUUGUCUGUCUGUCACUGCUCAGGAAGCUGCUUCAGAGCGAAUGGUUUUUAUAUGACAUGAGUUUGAGAAUUUUGUGGUUUUUUGCUUUGAAAUAAACAUUUUCUUCAGUCGGACAGA